AUGGCCCGACAAACUCCAGACAUGAGCAUCAUCUUCAACGACGAUAAAUUCAUCAAAGCCUACAGACUCGGCGAAAGAGCAACCGGCCAAUUUGCUCAACUGCUAAUUAAUCAGAGUGGCAUUAUAGCCAACUCGAAGUCCCUCAGAGACCGUCCAUUCGUGGUUCUUGACAACGCUUGCGGUACUGGAGUCAUCUCCAGUAUCCUUCAACACGAGCUGGACGACCAAGUCAAGGCCAAAUGGCAAUUGACAUGCGGCGACCUAUCAGAUGGAAUGUUGGAGUAUACCAGGCGCCGCAUGGAGAGCGAAAGAUGGCUUAAUACCGAGGUGAAGACUGUUGAUGCGCAAGAUACCAAGCUGCCAUCUGAACAUUAUUCGUAUGUCUUCACGGCUUUCGCUUACAUGGGCCUUCCCCGAGGCUUGGCUGCCUUGGAUGAAUCCAUCCGAAUCUUGCAACCGGGGGGAACUAUUGCCUUUGCCACUUGGAUUCAGCCGGGCUGGAUAUCGGCUGCCGGAGAGGCUAUUGCAACAAUGCCCAACAAUUUGCCAUGGCCGACGGCUGAGGAGUUCCUGGGUAUGUUAGGUAACGGCCAAUGGAACUCCGUGACAUGGAUAGAAUGCCAGCUCAGAGACCGAGGCUUUCAUGACAUCAAGGUCAAGGCUGUCACAAGACACAACUCCCUCUCAGUGGCUGAGUUUGUGGAGAUGGUCAUGUUCAUGAUGCCACUGAUGAUAGAAACCUUCUGGUCAAAGGAGAUGCGAGAGGAGAACAAGAAUAAUGUUCAACCAGCGCUAGAGAAGUAUCUAGCUAGUGUCUACGGAGAGGACGGGGAGGUGCCUGGGGAGUGGGUAGCGAUCUUGUCGACGGCGCAGAAGCCAGCAGAU